AGUGAUAAGGGUUAUCACGGCUGAAAUGGUGUUCAUAUGAGUGAAGGAUCUUGGCAUGGUGGUUUCCAGCAGUUUUCUUCCUUUAGUCAUGUCCUACUGUGGACCCUGAUCCUAGUGUGGAUGCUCUGGCGGGCAUAGAGCCUGAGUACCCUGGGGCUUUGGGAAGAGCACAACUCUGAGACGUGGCCAUAUUCUCUCUCCUAACUAGAACAAAGACUUUGUCCUGUCUGUUUCAUGUAGAAUGAGAGCUCUUGUGAGGCAAGGACCCUGCUAUGUGCCAGUGUCUUGGUUUUAUUCUGAAUCCAGACCAUUCCCUUGCUGUUGAUGUUCUAGUGACUCUACCAAGUGUAAUGACACAUUUUAGCCUCACACACCCACUAAUUUGUCCCUUUUUCUUCAGAGCAGAGUGGCUUGGCUGUGGUAUGGACUGACUCAGGAACAGAUGAGCAGAGACAGCUGCGUCCACACCUUGCCAUUCUCCUACUAUUUAGAACUUGAGAAGCAAUGGGUUCCUGGGAAACUUUGGUUAACUUCACUCUCACUAAAAUGUAUGACUGAUAAAACUGGAGACUUUCUCAUCAAUUUUCCCCUUGCUGGUAUAAUUGAGAUCAAGAAAGAGGCUUCUCAUUUUAUCUUCAGUUCUGUCACCAUCCUGGAAAAAGACCAUGUCAAACACUGGUUCAGUUCCUUGCAACCUAGUUGGAAUGUCAUUUUCGAUGUCAUCAAGCACUUCUGGAGAGAAGUUUUAGUUGAGUGCUGCUGUGGGGGCAUCAUUCUUCCCACCCCACCCCCCAUGACCAAGGAGGAGCUCACUAGUCUGAUGGCCUAUUCCCAAAAGGAUCUGGACGAUACAGUCAGAGUCCUGCACUGCCAGGAUGAGCAGCUAGACGACAGCAUAGUGAGCAGCCUGGACAAUAUGGAAUCUGACGUGGCUGACAGUCUGGAUGCCAUCAGAGCAGCAAAGCCAGAUAGUGACAUGGUGCUAUUAGGGACACAGGAAUCUUCUGCCCUGCGUUUCUGUACUGCUCAAGUUCUGGUAUUUCUUUGGCCCUCAUUCAAGGCAGGACUCAGAAGCUGGCCCAUAAAAGAACCAAGAAGGGUGGGCUGUAGCAGCCGAUCAUCCAGGCCAGUAGACUGCGCCAAGCACUGAAAGCCCUCCUUGGGGACCCAGGGAGGCAGACAGCUUCAGCUACAGAUGAGCAAGCCACUUAUUUCCGAGGAGGACACCCAGGAAUUCAGAGAAGUAACACGUGUUUGGGGGCUUCAUCUUCUCUUACAGAUCCUGGGGAAGCUGAAGGGUCUUGUCUUGGAUGCUGAGGCGGAGUUGGAAAGACAGGAUGAGGCCUUGGGUGGCAUUGCCAAUGCUGUGGACCGCACAACCUUAACCAUUGACAAGAUUAUUUCAUGAGUGAAAAAACUGACGUAG